AUGCGGCCGCCGCCCCCCUCGGCCCCCGCGGCCGCCCGGGCGUGUGAGGUCAAAGCGCGGGGCUUGAGGAAGCGAGGCAAAAGGGCAGCGCCGGGCCCCGGCGAGGCCGGAGGCUGCGGCCCUGAGAGCCGGGGCCGUGAGGAGAACCAGCAGCCUAGGAGAAUGGUGGCCCGCAUGUCCGCACCGGGAGAGGCGGGAGCGGAGGAAUCCGGCGGCGCGUUCGGGGCUGGGCAGGCGGUGAGGCCGAGGAUGGAGGGCCCCGAAGGCCUGACGGGGCGCGGGGCAGGCCCGAUGCGUGCGGACAGAGCCGGCAAAGAAGCAGCGAAGACCAAGGUCCUUCUGCAGCCUGGAAGACACACCAAGGGAAAAAGAAAAGUUACUGAAGUACCAAGCGAUGAUACACAGCCAGGAAUCGACCUGGUAAGGAAGGAGUCAUUAACCGGUUUGGAAUCUUUCCGAACAGUGGAGUACACUGAAUUUCAGAGUAUGACUUUCUUACAGUCUCUGGGGAAGGAAGGUUUGAUAGAAGGUACUGAAAGAAGAAUUCAAAUAAAAAAGCUUACAAGUCUAGAGAGCAAAACAACUGAAAAUAAGGUUACACAAAGAAUUAAGGUUGAAUUCCAAGAUGAACUGUUCAAGAAUAGGCCAAAAUAUUCUUGUAACAGCUUAUCACCGGGAGUAGAAAAUAAUUUCAUUUUAACAUUACGUGAUUGUGAUUGUUUCCCGCAUUUUAAGGGUUGUAAUGAUGAAAACAACCUUGAAUGUAAACCUCCUGGUGGAUGUGUGCAUGUAGCAGAAAAUUCCUCAAAGAAAGAAAAUCUUAAGAAUCUUGCCAAGAAGAGUGAUGGAAAUAAUAUUCCUCAACUUUUACAAGCUGAAGAAAACUUAGUAGGAGUAGAUAAAUUAUUGCCUGAAGAAAAUAAUGUAUACCAAAGUACGAAAAAUGUCUUGCUUUCCUCCCUUCCAAGUGGGAAAAAAAAAUGUUCAGUGGAGGAGAGCAGCAUCGGGAGAAAAACCAAGAAAAAGAUGAAGUUGUCUGAAAAGCGAGCUGAAACAGCUACUGAAAUGAGCUUCUCUACUGUAUACACCAAGUCUGUGUUACAAGAAAGCCAUAUGUGUGCUGAAUAUAAAGGAACGAGGACUUCAGAGACUAAAAAAGCCGCUAAUAAAGUUUCAAAGAAAGUAAACCAUAGCACACCAUUUCCAAUGGAUCAUUCUUUAAGCCACCCAGAAACACAAGGGAAAAAAACAAACCCGGAACAUUAUGUAAGUGCCAAGUCUCAGAAAACCCUUGCCCCACUUUUGAAAGUAGAAGCAAAAACUGCUUCAGAGCCCUCGAUGUGUAAAACUGUGGAGCCAAAAGAACACUUCACGCCAGUGAAAAGCACAGUAGUGACGUCACCUAGUGACACCUCCAAGUUUUCUGAUUACCAUCAUAUUGAAAUAUCAUCCCAGGAAGAGUUGGGGAACCAAGCUGAAGAAUUAAUGUUAAGCUGUCGUAGAACAAUACCAAUGACUGGUAAAAGAACUUGGCCUUGUUACUCAUGUGCUAGAAUAUCUGCCCGAUGCUGGAAAAAGACCGCCUUGCCAAAAUCAGAUCACUUUAUUUCUGGGUCUGGGGAAAGUUUUAGUCAAGAUGAUUUUCUUAAACAGUCAACAAAUCCAACUCACUUAACUGAUUCCAACGUAUUAUUACAAAGUUCCAGAACAGAAGAAACCAACACUGGUUCUUCAAGUGAAGAAAAAGUAGAUUCUGAUGUAAAUAGUUUGCCUUCCGUUUCUACAGUAGAACCUACUGUAAUGGUUUUAAAGGAGCCUACAAUUUGUGAUGGUGAUAAAGUGAAACUAGAGGAUCUGAGCAGCAGUGGGCCAGAGGUAGUUUCGAAUACUUCUGAAGAUAUUCACUUAACUAAUGUGACUCAAAGCUUGACAGGAAGUAAAAAAAAGAAUAAAGGAAAUUUCGCAAAACCUAAUUUGACACUGGCUUCCCAUGAAGGCCAGGAAGCACAUAAUUCUACGGGCAAAACUAUUAAUCGAAAAUCAUGUAACAGUAAGCAAACACUUGUGGUUCCAGAUUUGGUUAAAAUAUUGAACACAGGACGACUGACUAAUUUUAAAAUUCCUUUACUUAAGAAUAAAGUAGGAAAAAGAAAAAUAAAUAUCAAGUCAUCAGAGAGAGAAGCUUACAGUCCUCUAGAACUUCUUGACAAUUUGUCUGUAGCAGAGGUCAGACAGCAUAGGAGUAAAGAAAACGUCUCCACAGUCACUUCAGGACCUCAGUCUGUGAGCAUACAAAAUAGUGUGACUCCCAUGCAAGCAAGUUCUGACUCGCUCUACAGUAAUGAUUCCUGUAGUGUUUCUUCAGGCUUCUCAAAGCAAAGUAAUAAUAAUCACAUCUCUGAACUAGGAAAUACUGUAUCUAACAAGGAAACUGUGGAAGAUAAUCCUUUUUCUUGUAAUCCUGGAUGUAUAGAUAAAAGCACUGCCUUCUGUUCGAAUGAACAAGACACAUUUGAACCAGUUUCCUCUGAAGAUAGUGGUGAAAAAAUGACUAAGAGCUUUUCAGAAAUUAAAGUGGAGUUUCCAGAUAUUCUUAAAGCAUAUGAAGAUGAUGUCCUCUUAAUUGAUGUGAUUCAAGAUGACCCAGACCUCUUUGGAAUGUCCAAUGAAGGAGAGCUAGCUUUUACUUCAGAGGGGCCCGUGAUAAGCCUGGAGCCCAGUGUUUCUGAAGCGCAUCAGACAGACUCCAAGCACAUGGAACCUCCAGGAAAAACAGAACCCAGUGGUGACUUGAGAUGCAAAGGGAAGAUUCAGGGGAGGGUAGAGGUCCUGAAGAGGCCUUUGAGAGACUUUCCUGUACCGGACCAGGAAUUGAGCAAGUCAGACAUCUGUUCUUCCUUGCUAGCAGCAAAUGAACUAAAGGAUGAAUCAAAAAAUGUGAAUGUUCCCUUAGUAGACAUUACCAAUGAGACCUCUGUAAAUGAGCAACUGGAAAACAUCAGUGAACAUACCACGGGUUCAGACUUGGAUGAGAAGGAUAGAGUCACGGACAAGGUGCAUUUUAAAGAAAAUAUUUGUGAAGUCUUUCAAAGCAAAGAUUUGAAAACUGCAGAGACUGUGACUGGUGAAGGUCAAUUAGCAGCACUGGGCCCUAAACCUCUGUACUUUUUGGUGCCACCUGUAAGUCUAAGUACUCUUCAAGAAGACACAGCCCUGAGACCCUGGAUGAAUGAUUGCAGAUUUCCAGGAAAACAUUCCCUCCUAAAGUUGCAGAAUUCUGAAACUUAUGAAAUAUUUAAGAGAGAAAAUCUAGGGAUGUUCCAGAAGCCUCUAGGGUUAAUAAUACCGCACAGAUAUUGCAAGUUUCAUUUUAAUUCAUUACGUGGCUGUGAACGAUCACAGUGCAAGUUUACUCAUGUCCCUGAACAAGGAGAUGAAAAGGUUUGCAUGGAUGUAUUUAAGAAAUAUAUAAAUAUCAAUGAGUUAUGUUUGCUACAACGUGCAGUAAACAUGUUUAUUGAAUACUACAGAAAGUUCCCUCCAGGUAUACACUUUGAUGUGCAAGUGCUAAACGACCUUCUGACUUCUUUACUCAAGCACUGUUUAUUGAAAGAAGUGUUUCAGCUAUUGAACCUCAUGAUAAUGCUUAAAAUAUUGCCUGCUCUGAAAAUAUUAUUAAACAUAUUUGAACAUGUGACAACUAUGAAUUUAAGGAAUGCUGUACCUGCUUCAAUUGAUAUAUUUUGCAAGCUUGUUGAAGCUGGGAUGGUACUUGACCCUGAACACAUUAACUAUAUUAUUAAGCUCUUAUACCAAGUGCAGGCAUCCAAGCAAGAAAUAAGUGUAGUACUGGACGUGAAAUCCAGGUUACAGAUGAGGCAAUUUAAAAAGAGUUGGAAGUGUGAUUUAGAGUCAGCCUUGAAUGAAAUAGAGCACUGUAAAGAAAGAUGCGACUGGACCAAAUUGGGGAACUUGUACAUUAACGUGAAAAUGGCUUGUGAAAAAUUUGCAGAUUUCCAGAGAUUCUGUGCUUGUAUUGCUGAAACACUAACAAAAGACUAUACAGAAGAGAAUCUAGGUGUUCCUUUUUGUGAAUUUGCUGAAGCAGUGAGAAAAGAUCCACAGAAUAGUGAAAUGGAUAAAACUUUGCUGGGGCGAAUUGGAAUCAGUGCUAUGUACUGCUAUCACAAACUGUUGCAGUGGCCCAAGGGAAGGAAGGUCGUAGAUAAGCUCUAUGAAUUAAAAAUACAUUUCACAAGUUUAAAAGGACUUACAGGGCCUGAGAAGUUAGCACCAAGAUGUCAAAUUGUGAAUAUUGCAGCAGAAAUUUUUCUCAAAAGUGGAAGUCUAGAUGGUGCCAUUUGGGUAAUGAGAGAGUCAGAAUGGAUCAUCAAUACACCACUGUGGCCUUGUGACCGGCUGGAUGUGAUCAAUCGACAUAAUCUGCUUUGCACAAUUGCCCAUGAGACAUUAGCCAAGAGCCUUUAUAGACAGACAUUUGAAGUUUUGCAAAAUCUACCAGGUUUUCAAAAUUCUCAAGAACCGGUGGAUGUUGCACAAUAUAGUGUUCUUUUUAAUAAACUUCUUGAUGCCUGCAUAGAAAGCAACAGUCUUUGUAUGUCAUCCUCCAUAACAGAAUUCAUGAUCUCAAAGAGCAUCCCUAUUGAUUUCUCCUUUCUUAGAAGAUUGAUUACUUCUCUAGGAAGAAGUUGUUUAUGGCUCAAAGCCAGAUCCCACUACAAAAGAACUCCUGGAUGGUUUCCGAAACUACUGUCCCUUUUAUAUUCCCACCAUAGGAGUUCCAGUUUCUUCACAUCUCACUUGUUACUGCCUGUUUUGUUUGUUUGUGUUUUGCCAUCUGGUGCUCUUUCUUUGGGCUGCUACUCACCGUUGGAGGGACAUUUAUACCGAAAACUUCUACUGAUUCCUUCUUAUUUAUCUGAGAUUGAAAUGCUCUUAGCUAUUGAAAUUUUCCUGGUAUCUAAUGCUGGUAAUAUUCAGAGUCCUGGAACUUCUACACAGAUACUGCAGAUCGUUUUGAAAAGAUAUAACAAAAGCAAACCUCAGAGCAAAGAUGAUUAUCAAGCUGCAGUGGACAGAUUGAUUAUGGCUGCUCGGAUAUCAGAUCCAAAGCUGUUCAUUAAGCACAUGACCGUCAACGCCAAUAAAGAACAGGUUUACAGUUUGGAACAUUGCUCUGCCCUGAAAUGGUUGAAGGAGAAUAUGAAGUGGGCUGGGAAGGUUUGGCUUUUCAAUAACCAUUAGUUAUUAGUUAAUAGAGACUUUUUUUAUUAUUAAGUUCAAGUAAUCAUUGUUGAAAAUGAAAAGAUAAUUAAAAUACAGUUUCCACUAUA